CUUUGCGGGAAUUUCACUCUUUGAGCCUUUUUGUUGAAGGGCUUUUCUCGCUCGCGGACUUUUCAGCCACACACCUUCGGAUGCGCCCCCGACCUCCACUCCACUCCACUCCCAUACCAUACCAGACAGCUACUCCAUACACAGCCAGAGAGCCAGACAGCCAGACAUGUGGAGAAAGAGGAAUGCAGCCCAGGUUGGAUCUGAAUCUGCAGUGACUUCGAAUUUUCACCAUCUGCCUUCGUCAUGCAGGCCAUUCCCGCAGCGAGCAGCAAGCAGCAAGCCGUUGCUGCCGCCGCGAAACUGGAGAUCGUCACGAAGCUGCUGCUGGUUACACAGCGUCAGCGUCAGCGACAGCAGGGUCCUGCAAAACCCGGAAUCCAUACACCGCAGCUUCACUGCUUCAGUUCCGGGAAUAGCUCUCUCUGCUGCUCGCUUCCCCCCCACAGGCACAGAGAUGUCAGAGAACGCCUCCCGCCAGCAGCACAGAUUUCGUUUCGUAACUUUCCAGCGGUCCCACCCACCGCCAGGGGGUUUUCUGUGCCUCCCACGCAUGAUCGCAUCACAUUCUCGGCGCCCCCAUACUCGUUCAUUGUUCUCGUCCUUUGUUGAGGAUGUCAUUUGCAUUCAUCAUCCCCAGGUCAAAACGCUUUAUUCUUACAAAUGGAAAUUUUCUUACGGGACAAAGGAGUCCAGAACUCGGUCCGCCUGGGGACGACAGGGAGAGCUCGACGGAUCCGUACCCCGCCGAUGGUCUCGGCGUUCAGCCACUGCGAUAAGGAAUUCUGGGAUUGUGAUUCGUGCAUUGGGAGCCGGACCAGUGGGGUGAGUAAAAGCGGUCGAGUAAAUGCGCCGGGCGGUGCCGCCGUGCUGGGACUGC